AAUUGUCUCGCGAAUCUUGCCCCGUUCAGACGUCGUCGCUCGUGUGUGUGCUGUGCUGUGCUAUUCGGUUCUAUCAAUUCGGCUUUGCAUGCACCCAAGGCUAGGUGCCGAAUUCAGUGUUCGAUUGAUUGAUUGACAGACGGAUUCAAUCAACACGUAUAUGCGAUCAAAGUGAUAUUAUGAUGUGUCCGGCCCAAUUAAAAGCGAUGGCCAUCGGCAUCGCCUGCAUCUUGGCAGCGAUCUGUGUCUGCGAGGGCUCCUCUCUGGUGGAGCCACCGAUGACCCAAGCGCCGCCUACUCUAUCGCCAGCCCAUGUGAGGUCGCGCUUGCGCACCAACUUCCGAGCCAGCCCCGUGAGUGCCCCAACGACUCCGCCCCGCUGCGAGUACAAGGAGCUAAUGACGAAUUUGCACGACCGAGUUGGCAUCUUGGCGACCUUGGACGAGGACCAGCGCCAUCGCCUGGAAGUCAUCGAUAAGAAACUGGAUCAACUGGUGGACAGCAAUGCCGCUCGCAUGGAGUCCCUGAAGGCGCAGCAAUUGAACUUCCAGCAGCGGUUGGACAGCUUCGAGCACAUCCAAAGGCUCUCGCGCAGCACGCUGGAUGAACUAAAAGGUGAAACAGACUUGACCUUGGGUCCCCGAAGAGUUAGGGAGUUGAAGCAAAAGCUAAGCAAUCGUCGAAAGAUGAAGGAUAUCUCCCGCUCCGUUCGCUCUGCUCCCCAGCAGUAUGCUCCAUUGCCAAACUCGAGUGCUGGCAAUAUUGAUAUUAGUCUUACGGAUCGCUUGGAUGCCUUGGCCACGCUGCUCACCUCCACGGCGCUGAGUGUGCGGACCGUGCAGGAGGAUGUCUUCAAGCUGACUCAAGCAAUCAAUCGCCAGCGUCGCCUGUCACAUCGCAGGGUGCCGCCCAAUCUCAUCGGACAACCAGGAGCCGCUGCCUUUCCCGCCUAUCCCCGAGCAAGUCCGGCCACCAGCUGCCUGCAGUAUUAUCUGUCGGUGCAGGGCAUUCUGAAGCUGCAGCUCACCCCCGAGUCCGAGUCCUUCUAUGUGGCCUGUGAUGGGGAUUGGACUGUGAUACUCAACCGCAGCUCCGAUGAGAUCAACUUUGAGCGUGGCUGGCUGGACUACAAGGAUGGCUUCGGCAAUCUGGCCGGCGACUUCUUCAUUGGCCUGAACAAGCUGCACGCGCUGACCUCUGCGGCCAUCCACGAGCUGCGCAUCGUGUUCGAGGACUUUGACGGCCAUGUGGCCUACGCAGGCUACUCCACCUUUGCCAUCGGUAGCGAGCGGGAACUGUACCCGUUGAGUCUGCUGGGUCGGUUCCAGUCGGAGCUGAGUCCUUCGGCAGGAGACUCCCUCUCCUACCACGCCGGUGCCAAGUUCAGCACAAUCGACAGCGACAACGACAACUGCUUGGACUGCAGCUGCGCGCAGAGGUACAAGGGAGCCGGCUGGUUCAACAACUGCGGCACCAGCAACAUCAUGGGACAGUACCACCAGCAGAACUAUGCCAAGGCUGGCGAGUCGGGCAUCUUCUGGGACACCUUCCAGGGCAAGGACUACUCGCUGCGAAGGGUCCGCAUGAUGAUACGCCCCAUCGGAGAGGAGGAGGCCCGCCGCUAGCCCAUGACACUCUCUGUUCCUCUCUGUGUGCUGCAUUGGAACUGCCAUUUUCGUGUAAAUCAGGGAUCCCCCAGGAGAACCAGCUGCGACGAGUGUUCGCUUUUGUAUGCAUUUUAACCCCCAGCCUAGCUUUAUACCCGAUACCCAAACUUGUGCGUGUACCCACUCGUAUGUGUAAUAUUUAUGGAAAAUUACUUAAUACCUAGAUAAUACAUUAAUGUUAUGUGUAUCCAUUA